CGCUGGGCGGCGCUGCUCCUAAACUCAGCCGCUUCUACGCUCACGGAAACAGUUCAUCUCCAGGGGUCCGUGUGGCCACACGGUUUUAUAACUGCACAGCUUUAUACGAUGGCUACUCGGCUGCUUGCACGGAGAAUUUGGAGUAUCUCUGUGAAAGAUUUUCGCCGCCUGCCAGUGGCAUCUUUGUCCUCUUCAUCAUACUCUUCUUCACUAAGCCCCUCCCCCAGACCACAGCACUUUUUGUCCUGCUCUCGCUCCCUCCCACUGAUCUCCUGUAGGGGCGUCUCCUUCAACGUCCAGGACCACGAUGACUUCACUGAGAGGGUCAUCAACAGCGAGCUGCCUGUAGUCAUAGACUUCCACGCACAAUGGUGCGGACCCUGUAAGAUCCUGGGGCCGAGGUUGGAGAAGGCCAUUGCUAAGCAGAAGGGCCGUGUUGCCAUGGCCAAAGUGGACAUUGAUGAACACACAGAUCUUGCUAUUGAAUAUGGAGUGUCUGCAGUUCCCACUGUGAUCGCCAUGCGGGGUGGUGAUGUCAUCGACCACUUUGUAGGGAUCAAAGACGAAGAUCAGCUGGAUUCAUUUGUUAAGAAGCUGAUUGGACAAUAAAUGUGUCGAUCACAGCCCCUGGGCACAAUACUAAAUCCCACCCUACACUCAGUUUACAGCUCUGGCUAGCCACUUUCUCUUUUUUACAGCAGACAUUUGUAGCUUCUUAUAGUCAGUGUGCAGCCCUUCAUACAUGCUUUGUCUUACUGUCUGUCAUCAGUUCUGCACCCUAAUUAUAGCCUUCAUUCUUCAUGUUCCACUGUCCCUUGCUGCUGGACAUUAGCCCCCAACCAACAAGUAAAGGAGCCUGAGGUUUUCUGUGUUAGCUUUAAUAGAUUGUAUUAAAAUGUGUACAGGCCUGUCACUGUACCGUUAUAUUUUAUCGUGUGUGGAUAUUGGUUGAAGGGAAGACUCGGAAUGAAAUCUUCAGUUUUACAGCUCCAAUCUCCCAGCUGGUUCAAUGGCGCCCUCUGCUGUACAUCCUGCUUUUGGCCACACGAGGGCAGCAUUCCUCUUGUAUCCAAGGCUACAGUCACUGUACACCGCUAUGCCUAAUGAUAUGUGAGAGAAUGUGGUCUAUAUUUGUCACAAAUCUCAGAGUGAAAAUACUGAUUUCCAAACAAAUGGAGUAAUUUUGGAGCUCAUCCUGGUACUCUCACCCCUGAGAAUAAUGAUUAAUAAGGACCUGUGUAUGUUUGCGCAUGUAUGUGUGUGUGAGUGAGAGAGUGUGUGAAAGAGACAUUAUUGAGUCCCGAGUUUGGCCUGUUCUGUUUUGACUGUGAAAUUGGAGUUCGUUGAGAAGCAUGAAAACGAUUAUGGGUUUGACUUUAGAUUUUAAUUCAAUAAAACAGUGUGAUAUGACAGAUUAAUGUGAGGUUAAAAUAAAGGAGAUCUAUGGUGUUCUA